CUGUCAUUCAUAACGUGAAAGGAUGGGUCCGCUACCUUUCGGACCAGCAUCGAAACAUUUGCUGACAUCUAAUGGUCCAGAUUACAACCAUACCCGUUUCUACGUGACCGAAUAUUCAAUAAACCAUGGCAUGGAAGACUUUUCACCAAAACCUGGUAAAUCUGUCGGGACUGGGUACAAGAGUAAUUUUAGGCCUGGAAUUUACUAUAACAGAAAGCUCGAUGAAAUAGAUAAUCCGGAAAUGGGAAAUACGCUGGCAGAAAACUACACGUCAUCGAAUAAACUUCAUUUCAAUUCCCCUGAAUCAUCUGGUAAUGUCGACUUCCCAAACCAUAGGAAUGUUUUUAAGAGUGGUUUUGUUAGAAAUGUGCCGAAAACGUUACCGUCUUUCGAAAGAGUACGAAAUGCUUGUUACGACCCUACUAAUAGUAAAAACACAAAAGCACCUCGCUCUUUGCUCUACCACGUCAAAAACAAAGACCCAAUUGAACAGGAAAAUGAUUAUUUUGGACCGGCUUUUUUGUCAACUGAAAACGAUGCUCGGUUUGUUGGUCAAACAAAUCAAAGAAUGGAUACAUCGAAAAAGAGUGUAGGACCUAAAGAAGGUUCAGGGUUCACGCAUGCGUACAAUCACGAGCCAAUAACAUAUCGUCCAACAGAAUGUUUCGAUGGUUCCCAGUCUGUCAAGCAUAACUGGAGACCAACAGGCUAUUCAGUCAUGAAGAAAUCUUUUCAGCCUUGCAAAUAUGUUAAUGGGAAAGAAUCAUUCAAAAUUUUGUCAAAAAGAGCUGAGAGGGAUACAGGCUAUUCACGUGAGAUCAAGGCUAAUCCGGCCUAUAUUGAAUGCGCAAACGAGACCUACACUAAACUCGAUGACUUACAUCCGUCGCGGCAUAGAAUUAUAAAGAAAAAUGACCCUGCAGAAUAUCUUAAUAUGAUUUAUGCGAGCAAAUACCCAAGCACAACCCGAGCUACAUUUCAGGGCUUGCAGAUGAACUCUGUUAACGAAGAGAGAAAUACGAUGGUGUUAGGACGAAAAGAAGAAAGCGGGUUCACAGAGAAUAAUUGUCAAUUUGUUGACCAGCCCGAUUUACCUGAUCGAUUUGACACACACUAUAAGCUCCGAUUUUAUGAUAAGAAUCCAACAACAAGCGCCAUUUUAAAAAAGAGUAACUGUCUGUUGCCUCAACUAAGUAACGGAUUCACGAAGAGCACGAAAGUCCAUAGUGAACGUGGUGCGACUACGCGACAAUUACAUCCUUACGUUGCAAGAAGUAUCGCAGCACGUGACCCGUACUAUGUUCAGAAUGAGGCUGCUAAAACCAGUGUAUCUCGUUUUUAAAAUUUUAAGAAGUAUUCUCCUCAAUUUACGAAUAGAUUAUUGAAACAAUAAAACUUUUUCUUGUCUUUUCUUUGUAUGCACAUUUUCUAUUUAAUAACAAGACUUUAAACUUAAAACCACCCAAAUCGAUUUUUAGACGGUGUAACGGGUAAGUUUUAAAAUAUUUAUCUUGAGGCGUGCGUGCAAAAAGUAAGACGAAAUAUAACAUGCAGAAAACGAUCAAAAUAAUAUUUAAUAC